ACCCAGGCCUUUAUUGUCAAUAUCAUGGCUGUCGUGUGGGGUUGAAACUGGAAUAGAAUUUCUGCUUUCAGUUGGCCAGGGAAGUUUCAACACACAAAUGAGUCAUAUAUUGUCGAUAAGAACAUAUUAAAGACAUUUGGAUAGUCAUUCGCUCCGGUAUUGGUACAAGAUUGAUUGCUGAAGUCAGUUAGUGCUAUUGAAAAGUCACGUUACUCAAGAAUUGUACAAGGGAAAUAAAAACUUUUAUUACAAUACAAGGAACUUCUAGCCUCAAGUGCAUUUAAGACCAGAGAAUCAAACAGCACACUUAGACACUGGAUCAUAUAUCACCAUCAAAAGCUUCAAGAUGGCUCACGACGCUUCAAAAGUGUUAAACUUCAAGUGUGGAAAUCUGGAUAUCAAAGGUUUAGAUGAGAUAAGAAAAUUUGCAAGGGAACUUGUGUCAGAGACUGAAGAGCUAAUAUCUCAAGUUAUUCCAGUGAAAAUUUUGGCAUUAGAUAAGCUUUGCAAGAGUGAACUGUUCAAUAAGGAGAAAAGCACGUCAUACGAAGUUGAUAUUCAUAUCCCAAGAAAUGGCCUCCAAAGUCACACAAACUCGUCUGAAAGCAGCACAGUCAUAGCUGAUGGCGAUGUUAAGUCUGUUGGAAAGAAAAGAAAGUUUGAAGAAACAGAGGAUAAAGAAUGUCAAGAGUCAGUGCCAAUCAACAAUUUUUUGACACCAAUGAUCCAAGCAAUCAAACCAGAAGUGAAGGAACUAAUACAAACUUGCUCCAAGGUCCAGCUAUGGAUACAGCUACUUAUUCCGAAGAUUGAAGAUGGAAAUAAUUUUGGCGUUUCUAUCCAGGAAGAGAUUCUCAACGAAGUAAAUAGGAUACAGACUGAAGCAACUUCAUUCCUUGACCAGAUCUCAAGGUAUUAUAUUACACGGGGCAAGCUUCUUUCAAAGGUCGCAAAAUAUCCACUUUUGGACGACUACCGGCAAGUCAUUAAAGAAGUAGAUGCAAAGGAAUAUGUCAGUCUACAACAGAACUCCCAUGAACUCAGAAAUUUCUAUCUGCUGCUUCUUGACUCGAUUUCAAAGAACUAUGAGAAAAUCAAGAAACCUAGAUCUAGUAACGUAGAAUCGAUGUACUAAACAUGUCGCGUCAUAUUUAUUCAUGAAAUGUUAGCUAGCUAGCACGUGUUUCA